CCCAAGCUUCUGCAGUUAAUAUAAACAAUUCAAUGUCCGACUUCCCUCCUCGAAUCUCAAAUCCUAGGGAUUUCCCAAAUGAAUCUAACUCUCGACUCUCCCCCAACUUCACAGUAUACACUGUGCACUCAGGAACCCCGGUGCCUUAAAAAUGUAAAAACUCCAAAGAACAUGAAUUAACAAAUGCUGCUGAUUGUAACAACAUCAUCACAUUCAACUGACACACCUCCAAGGCAUUGAAAAAUAACCAAACAAAAAAAAAAUGAGCAAACUCCUAAAAUUCGUGACUCUCCAGAUGAAUAAGAAUGGCACGGUCAACAGUUUUAAUAAGCAGGGCUGCUAUUUCCCGAAGGCCUUCUAUAAUAUCUACAGAGGUAUUCCUGGCAGGCUACAAAAUCCCAAAGUAGAAGCAGCUCUGCGGAAGAGCGAUAAAAUUCCCCCCGAAUUCAAGCUGAUUUAUCGAAGCACCAUGACGAAUUACGUUUACUGCUUCUACCCACUGUCGAUAUUGUCCUAUGCUCUCGUAGGCUUUGGCUAUUACUACUUUAAAUUUUACCUGACAAACAUAUCGUAUCCAAUAUCAUCAGACCUGGCUCCAGUCACCUACAAGGACUCUUACCAAGUACAAAUAACGAUGGUAUUCUACCUCGUAAUGAACACAUUUACAUUGUACCUUCUGCGGAGGACCCCCAUACGAAUCUGGUUGGAUAGCUCCAAGGGAGAGUACAGGAUGAUCCUUAUUCGUACCCUGCCACCAUUUAAGAAACAACUCUCCUUCAAGUCUGGGGAAGUCACGAGGAAGCACAUGGAUCCUCGACAUUCGCUUCAAGAAAUAUCGCAUCGAUACAAAAGGAGAUUUUAUAACAUCACUAUGGUGGCCUUUAGGACUCCUGCCGACUAUUAUGACAUGGUUGGCUACUCUUCGAAGUUAGAGGACUAAUUGUAUAAAAUUUAUUUGAAUUAAAUGAAUGGUGUCAUUUAUUACCA